AUGUCAAGAGGGAAGAAGGAGAAGAAGGAAAAGGGCUUGAAGCAUGCAGCUGAAAAGGAAGGAGCCCCGGAGAGGUCCUCCUUUGAGGAAGUGCAUGCACCCGCUGCUGACAGCGAGACGCAGGCUCCCCACACAAGUGGAUUCUUCUCUCGGCUCGUCUCGUCACCAUUUGCAGCUGCAUCACUCGAGGCUGACACGCCUGCAGCCGGGCACGGGGUAGAAGGCAAGGAUGCGAGUGGCGAUUCUGCUACAGGGCCUGAAGGGAGGACGCAAAGCAGCGAUGGCAGCGCCGCUAAGAACAACGAUCAAGGCGGGAAGAAGGGCCAUCGGAGAGUGCACUCUCUUGGCAGCUACCUCCCGUCCUGGGUUGUCAAGAGGACAGCCUCCAUCCCAAGCAACCUGGAUAAGGCGGUGGAGGCGCACAAGGAUGAUGACAAGACGCCGCCAUCCCCGAAGACCCCCCGCUCCCAGACCGAAGAUGCUGAGGCUGCUGGGGCGUCAGCAGAGCCGCCGGCCGUCCCACCCAAGACACCCGAGCUGACCAGGAACCAGUCUGCGCUGUCCUGCUUCGGCCUGGGUGGCAAGGUGGCCACAGGCGAGGAUGGCGACGAGCAGGUUGAGAAUAGCAAGGGAAGCAAAGGCAACGAUGCGGAUGCGAUGCCCUCUGGCAGUGUCGGCCUGCGGAACAUUGGCAACACCUGCUUCAUCAACUCGGCGCUGCAGGUCCUGCGCUGGACCCCCGGCUUUGCAGAGCUGCUGGUGCCAGACUUGCUCAGCGGGGACUUCCUGCCACUAUCCAGCAGCGCCAGGCCUGCUGAGGAGUCCACCAGGGAUGCAGCCGUCUCUGCUCUUCCCGCCACAUCCAGCCAGAUGGCCCCGCUCUCCUUGUCAGCGGCAGCUGCCUCCGCAGAAGCCGAGCCGCAGGCAGCAGCAGCCGCCCCCGAGGCAGUAGAGGGUGGCCUCAGCAGCGGCUGCUCUGCGCAGGAGGACCCUGUCAGCAGCGCCGCAAUGGAGGAUCCAGCCGUGCUCGCUCGCACUCUGGACAGCUCUCCAGUUCCCUCGCCGCUGCCCACCAUCAGGGAAAACUCGCCGGCCCUGGCUGAGACAGAGUGCCUGGCACCUGUCCGCACAAAGCCCAGCUUAGAGGGGCAUGAAGAGGAGGACGAGGCCGAGACUGAGCCUGCCGCAGAGCAUGCGACGCACAGCACGAAGGACGCUCAUGCUCUUGGCGCAAUCUCUGUGCAGCAAAAGAGCAACGUAGCGCCACAGGAAGGGAGCGGGGCUUCCGAGGAGUUGGGCAAGGUGCAGACGGAAGGAGGUGCCAAGCAGGGAGGAUCGCCACUGGGGCCGGUCACACCUGCCCACAGCGAGAUCCCCUUUGCGCACCCGUCCCUGGCCAGCCCUCCCAGCAGCCUGUGGGGCCACAAUUCCGCGCACAGCGACACAUCCACCGGAUCAGCGCAGGCUGCAGAGGAGCCUCAGCUCGAUGUUGGCGGCGUUAGCAAGGGCAGCGCAGCAGAGGGUGUCGAGCUGGCAGGCCUGGAAGAGGUUGUGUGCGCCUGUGGCAUGCACACUGUGGGCCACCUGGCCGGAGGCAGCUCUGCAGUCAACGCUGUCACGGUGGCGGCAGUGCCCAUGGCAAUCAAGCUGCCUGAGCGGAAGACUCCGCCCCUUGAGCGGGGAGAGAUGGCAGAUGCCUUCCGCCAGCUCACCAAACAGGUGUACAGCGAGCGCCCUGGUGCGGCGGUGGACCCCACGGCGCUGGUGAAGAAGCUGUACCAGCUGCCGCAGUGCGCUGACUUCCAGGACGGCGGCCAGCACGACUGCCAGGAGGCCCUGCGCAGCAUCCUGCUCGGCCUGCACGAUGACCUGAAUCGCGUGGUCAAGGAGUCUGAGAAGCCAAAGGCGGCGCCGGAGGAAGCUGCCGUUGAGGGCAAGGAGCAGGAGGCCGCCCAGGUGGGCUCCGAGGAGGAGGAGGAGAGCGCUCCCAAGCAGGAGGCCAGUGAGGUGCCGAAGGAAGAGGGGGCGGGUGAUGCAGAGGGCGUUGAAGUGCCAAAGGAGGACUUGGAGGCCGCCAAGGCGGACCGGGAGUGGGCCCGCCACUUGGCCCAGGACAACUCUGUCAUCUACGACCUCUUCAGCGGCCAGCUGCAGUCCAGCAUCAAGUGCCACAAGUGCAACAACCGCUUCACAACGUAUGAGGUGUUCCUGGACCUGAGCGUGCCCCUGACCAAGGAAGGCAAGGGAGGCAUGCUCAACUUCUUCAGCAAGAACUCCACGCCCUCCAUUGAGGACUGCUUGCACGCCUUCACAACAGACGAAGUCAUGCAGGGCGAUGAGGCGUUCCAGUGUGAGCACUGCAAUGAGAGGACGAGUGCCACGAAGCACUUCAGGAUCCACCGCCUGCCCAAAGUGCUGCUGCUGCACAUCAAGCGCUUCAAGUACACGGGCACCACGCGCGAGAAGAUCACCACCAAUGUCACCUUCCCGCUGAAGAACCUGUCGCUGCAGCCGUUUGUGUCGGACGAGAGUGGGCUGGAGGACGCGGACACGAGCAAGUACGAGCUGUUUGCGGUGUCCAACCACAUCGGCAGCAUCACCAACGGCCACUACAUGGCCGUGUGCAAGGCGCCCCCGCCCCCCGGCGCCAAGGACAAGGACCAGUGGUUCUGCUACAGCGAUGACUCAGUCAAGCGUGUGCCUGCCUCAGCUGUUCCCUCUCCCAAUGCCUACCUCCUCUGCUACCACCGCAAGGAUGCAGAGGCUAAGGCGGCCGACAGGGGACGCCUCAGACCAGAGGUGUAG